AAACAACAAAAACAGGGUUUUUCUGUAGAAAUUGUCAGUAGAAAUGAGAAUGCCCAGGCCAACUUCAAGAUCUGCUUAACUGGUUCCUAUGUGUGAAGUUUGGUCUGAUACUAACUGAACUCCACCAGAAAGAAGAUGUUAAAAAUUAUAAGCAAUCAUCCCAGUAAUGGAGCUCUGUCAGGAAAGUGAGACUGAUUUGGAAAAUAAUGAAAAUAAUGAAAUUCAAAGCCCAGAAGAAACUGAACUAACCUUUACUUGUGCAGAUGAAAGAAGUGAAAAGAAUCAUGUUUACUGUCUUUUGGAUAUCAGUGACCUUACUUUAGAAGAAGAUACCAGAAGCGAUGAGUGUGCCAUUGGCACUGGCUGGGAAGAAGCCGUCCAAGGCUGGGGAAAGACUGCUCCCACCGCCUGCGUCUGGCCCAGGAAGAAACUGAAAAAGGCGAGGGGAGGCGACAGGGCCGGCCCCAGCUGCUUGCUCUGCGCUAGCCUCUCCCCAGGGAGCUCCGAGGCCAGGCCCCCCAGCGAGCCCAAGAAGGUGGAAGCGGGCGCUGCGGUCCAGGCCCAAGCGAGCGUGGAGAAGAAUCAGGACUGGAAGGCUCCGGCGCCCUUCCGGGGCCCGAGCACAGCCCCCAGGGAGGCCGGCAGGGUGUGCCUUCCCUCCGACAUCCCGGAAGGAAAAAAAAGCCUGCAAAUCAAGGAGUUCACCUGGCGCGCGGAGGGCUGGGCCGUCCCGGGUGUGAGGGGCGCGGCCGCCGAGGGCGCGGCCGUCGCCUCAGACUCCCCGAACUCCAAGGCCCUCGUGGUCCUGCCGCCCCUGGGAGCCUCACCCCAGAACCGGCCCGCGGCUCCGAGUGGCAAGAGUAAGAACUGCCAACCAAAAGAGGGGGCGCCGAGCGCCGACAAGGAAGAGAGUGAAGCGGUUGCGCACGAGUUGAAAACAGCGGAUGGGAAAGGGGAGCCGAGACCCUUCGCGCUGGCCGGGCACCCUCCGCCCCGGGAUGCCUUGCCCAUCGCUGUCUCGGUCCCUGUCCCGGCGGCCCGGUCCCCGCUGGCCGAUGCGGAGCGCUGCUGCCUGGGCUGGUCCCUGCCGCCCGGGAGGAACUCCGGGUGCCCGCCUCACCCCAGCGCCCUCCCCUACCUCGCCACCUUGCAGCUCCUGCAGAAGCGCGGCCUGCAAAACUACAAACUGAAAGCCAGGGGGCUGGGCGCUCCCCGGAACUCCCCAAAGCUUGCCUUACCCGCGGCCAGGCCCCGCGUGCUGGAGACAGACAUGCUCCCGAAGUCCCUCCUUCCGGCGCUUACCGUGAGCAGGGUUGUCAUCCCUGUGUCCACGCACAGGGUCCUCUGACUGUGACAAUAGAGUUCCUGGGGAGCGCUGCCAGGCUCUGUGUCCUUUCCUUCCUCUCCUCUCCCCUCCCCCCUCCUCCCCCCAGCCCAGCCUUUUGUGAAGCCUCAGAGCUGGAGGUUGGGUUUGGAUUUAGUCUGUAAAACACCAUAUUCACGGUACCUGCUUCUGCAGCUCAGCCACUUGCCAACUGCGAACUGGCAAUGCCGGCCGGCCCUGAGGACUGUACAGGGGUCCCUCCUGCUGACAGGGGCCCUCUGUCCUGCCCCAGAGCCAUCUGCUAGCAUCCCAGGUGGCUAAGGUCAAAGUGCUGCCUGAGCUUUUGAACCAGUGUCUGUCUGCCGCCUCCUUUGCUGUGCAACAAAGAUUGGAGACAUCAUUUUAAUAGCAAAUUGUAGCCCCUGUCUGGCUGACUAUCCUGUUGUCCCCGUAACCAUGCUCAGGGAUGUACACUGUGCAUGUCACUUCUGUGACACCCAGCUGUCACCAUCUCCUUUCGUGCCCACAGAUUCGCACUGUCCGUGGUCUCUGGUGCAGCACAGAGAGUCGCAAUGUCGUGGGUCCUGUGUCUGGAAGGCUGACAAACUCCAGCCAGGAGUCAGGCUGAGAGUGAUUAACGGCUGCUCACUCGCUCAGAAAAGGCCGCGAACAGGGUCACUGCAGUCAAGUCUCCCACCUGCUGUUCGACCCUGCCGCGCUCCUAGUCUUUGGGAAUCUUCUGCCGAGUCACUCAGGGCACAAGGCCGUCACCUUUUCUUUUCUGUCUUCAGCCCUCAUUUUACCCCAAUGCUUAUUUUUCUUGAAGUUGAGUUCAAAUUAAAUGUUGUGAGUUACACUU